AUGAGUACUCUUGGAAGUGAGAAAAACAGAUGGCAUCUUGGACCCCGAGCGCAGCUGCGGACGAAGAUAGCGACCGCCAUGUACUUGGAGCACUAUCUGGACAGCAUCGAGAACCUUCCCUGCGAACUUCAGAGGAACUUCCAGCUGAUGCGAGAGCUGGACCAGAGGACGGAAGAUAAGAAAGCAGAGAUUGACAUCCUGGCUGCAGAGUACAUCUCCACGGUGAAGACGCUGUCUCCAGACCAGCGCGUAGAGCGCCUGCAGAAGAUCCAGAACGCCUACAGCAAGUGCAAGGAAUACAAUGAUGACAAAGUGCAGCUGGCCAUGCAGACCUAUGAGAUGGUGGAUAAACACAUUUGAAGGCUUGACGCAGACCUGGCACGCUUCGAAGCUGAUCUGAAGGACAAGAUGGAGGGCAGUGACUUCGAAGGCUCCGGAGGGCGAGGACUGAAAAAAGGCCGGGGUCAGAAAGAAAAAAGAGGGUCCCGGGGCCGAGGCAGGAGGACAUCAGAGGAAGACACACCAAAGAAAAAGAAGCAUAAAGGAGGGUCUGAGUUCACUGACGCCAUCCUGUCCGUGCACCUGUCCGACGUGCUAGACAUGCCCGUGGACCCCAACGAACCCACCUACUGCCUGUGCCACCAGGUCUCCUACGGGGAGAUGAUCGGCUGUGACAAUCCAGACUGUCCAACUGAGUGGUUUCACUUUGCCUGCGUGGACCUCACCACGAAAUCCAAAGGGAAAUGAUUCACUUAAAUAAAACCGUGUCAUCUGGGCAGCAUCGGGAGACCCCAGCUCUACCAAAAAUACAAAAAUUAGCUGGGCGUGG